CAAAACAUUAGCACGUGUUAUAAGCCGCGUUUCGCUAAAAUAACUUUUAAUGUUUAUGUAUAACCCAUGGCCAACCCUACACAUUUCAACGAAAUUUCUUGUAUGUAAAGAAUUAAAAGAUCGUCGAGACGAAAAUAACAUUAGACUGCUGCCCAGUGCCGGAGAGAAUGUCUGCUGGAAAUACCAUAAUAAUCUGAGCACUGACCUAUUUACUAGGACGGUGCUCUUCUUUGGUCAGUUCGUAAAAGACCAAUUCAAGUCAAGAACUUUCUUAGUAGACAGAAAGAUUAAGUGAAACUACAGAAUGGGUGUGAAGGGUUUGACUGCAUUUAUUGAUGAUAACCCAGUUUUACUACAAGAUUAUAAACUACAUGACUGUAAAGUUAUACUGGAUGGAAAUAACUUUAUUCAUUUUGUUUAUAAUAAAUACAGCACAACCUUUCAAUAUGAUGGAGAUUAUUUUAACUAUUGUAAGAAAAUCCAGCAGUUAUUUUCCAACUUUAAACUAUGUAAUAUUCAGGCGUAUGUUAUUUUUGAUGGAGGUUAUGAGGUAUCAGAUUCGAAACUACGGACUUUGAAAGAGAGAGCUGCGAAACGAAUCAAGCAAGCUGUAAAUCAGAACAGUCUCCUGCCAAUUUUAGCUAGCAAAGCUUUUCUAGAGACACUUGAUAAAUUACAUAUCCCCCAUGUGACAUGUGAUUUUGAGGCUGAUGAAGAAAUUGCUAUUUUGGCCAAUCAGUGGAACUGUCAAGUCAUAAGUAAUGAUAGUGAUUUUUUUGUGUACAGACUCAAAGCAGGCUUCUUGCCUUUGAAUUAUGUAGAUUUCCGUCCCAUAGAAAUAAAACAUAAAUAUCAUUAUCUAGCAACACAGAAAUAUCACUUUAAUCAUUACAAACAAAUCUUGGAUAAUUUUCAUCCUGAAAUGAUACCACUACUGGCUACAGUAUUAGGCAAUGAUUUUAUCAAACAAGAUACAUUUAUGGCCUUCACAGAAAAAUUUGAAAAACCGAAGCAUAAAAUCAGAUAUGCUACAAAGACAGUUUCUAAGAUAACUGCAAUCAUUAAUCAUUUUGAUCAGUUCAAAACAUUUAGUGAAGGUAGAGCAGCCAUCACUAAAGAUUUUGACAACAUUGGAGGAAUUGCCAGCCUACAAAAUGUGAUCGACACAUCUAUCAAAUGUUACACAAAGAUCAACUCGGCUAAGACAUACUUGACAGAAUAUUUUGAUAGUGUCUUGCAGUAUUCUAGUAUUAGUCGAAAAGACUACUUUGGACAACCGUUUCCAGAAUUUUUGAUCAAGGGACUUUUUGAUGGAAGUAUUUCUCCUCACAUUCAAAAUAUGGCCAUCCUUCAUAGAAUUAUACUUCCAUGUCAAAAGGAAGAUUUAAAUCAGCCUUCAUCUCAUAAAAUUUCAACACGUAUUCGUCAAGUCAUAUAUGGAAUAUUGUUUCAAAGUGUUUCGCAACAAAACAAACAGAAAGAUGAAUUGGGGAAAAAGACGAAGGUUACCAGGCACACUCAUGUGGAAGAAAUUGAUAGGAUCAGAAAAGGUAUAGCAUCAGUGUUUGUAGAUCCUAGGAUAAAUUUCAUAGAGUAUGGAAAACUACCUACAGUCAUGGAGAUAUCUCAAAUGUCACAUAGUAGCAGACGUGAAUUAGUGUUAAAAUCACUUGGGGUGACGGAAGGGUUUUUAUCUCACUUUCACUCGUCUAGUCAUUUCCUAAUUGCUGUCUUAAAUUACUGGGUAUAUUAUUCAGAAGUGUCGAAACAGGAGAUCGAAUCAUUAAUACUCACUAUUCUUAUACUGAAGAUAAAGACCUUGAUCAAUGAUACCAGAAGUGAAACAACCACAUCGAAUCUGAUUUCAGCACAUCAUAGUGUAAUAACAAAAUUCUACUACAUGUGCUUAUGUAUUCAAGACUUUAUUCUUUCAUUAGUUAAUAGACAUAUAAUAGAUAUUGAUGAAAUUCUUGGAUCUUUGACUUUCUCAGAAUUAGUUGAAAUAAAUUUGGACUUAUCAGAAGGAGACCGACAGCAAACCAUUCCUGAUCGAAUUCUUCAUCUUUAUUCAGAAUAUCAGUCAUGCUUUUUGUUUACUUCUUUAUUAAAUCAACUCCUACAAUCACCAUUGAAUGAACCUAAUUUAUGGGAAAUAUAUGAUGGACAGUAUGUGUAUUAUUUUAAUAAUUGUUUAAUGCAAAGGCAGUCAGUGUAUUAUAGUGGUGUUGAUAUGUUGACAAUUAUGGAAAAACAUCCAAAACUUUUAAUAUUGUACAAAUCUAUCACAAAUACACUGAUAGCAGGGGCCGAUUCUAGACCAAAUAAACGUAAAAAAUCUAACAGAAAGUCUGCUACAGUUGCCAGGAUUAAUUACAUAAUAGUGUUGUCACUGUUGUGUAUCUUCAUUAUUGCAACAAUUGUUUUGAUAUAUUACCAAUUAGUGCCUAAUUUAUUUAUAUAAGGUCAAUAAUUUAAUGAUUUUGGGUAUUUUUACUGUUCAAUAAUUCUUAAUUAAUGGUUAUUUGUAAUUUAAACAAGACAACAGUAAGGCUGAUGUCUCCCACCUCAAUCCCAAAAUAAAUAGAUGAAACUCAUCAAAUCACUCUGCAUAACCUAAGCAGAAAAUGUCCAUUGAUGUUGAUGUAAUGAAACUAUAUGUUCAAAUUGCUUAUAUAUGUAUUUGGUUUGCCUAUGCUCAUCAUUAAACUGAGUAAAGGCAUUCAACUAAUGAACAACUACACCAAAUUGGAAUUUUCUAGUUCAAUUUGAAGCAGAGGUGCUUUAUUUAUUACUGUUUUAAGAGAUUGAAUAGUGUUUCGAAAAAUGGGGGAUAAUAAUACAUGAUCAACAACUUCUGUCUAUGGUUUUAUUGGAUAAAAUAAUAAAUUUUUUACUAUGACAUGACUGAUCUAAGUAUGUUGAUUUGUAGUCUCCAAGAUUUACAACAAUGUAGGAUUUGGGAGGGGGGUGAAAGAGUAAUGAUCUUUAUUAUUACAGUAAAAUUAUAGUUUACAUUGCAACCAGAGGUGGAUUGGGGCCGGGAAUCGGCACGUG